AUGUUUGUUCCCUCUAUGUACAAAACCUCUGUUAACUUCUUUCUACGAGGUGGGGACCAGCAGUGGCAGCGAGGCGGGUUUGGUGCCUACUUUGACAAGUAUAAUGUCCAGAGCGUCAAGACGGUUAAUAUUUGGAGUCUCCGCGACUUAGUCGAGGGUCUCCCAAGGACGUGGUCUAUCAUGAUGGCGAUGGAUAAAAUCUGUAUCGGCCGAUUGGCUCAGUAUUACCUGAUAGCCAGCCGUGGCCUUUGGCUGGCGCAGAGCCGCAAUGUCAAACCGAUCGAUCCCGUCGAGAGGUACAAGCGGCUUGUUACGUUUUAUGCCGAACUCAGUGUCGGCUGCGCAGAGUAA